AGCCAAUCACAUGAGGAAAACGCACACCUACGCGCCUGCGUUGCUGGGUAGAUAAAACAAAAACAACAGGAUCCGUGUUCAGAGUUUGAAGCUCGGACACAACAGACGGCCAGUGAUUUCACUGUAUCAUUUGGAAAAUUAUCGUUUUUGCACGCUGCAAAAUCUCCUCUGUUGUAAAACAUGGCAACUGACUGCGCGGCCUGGCUGAACGCGAACCCCGUCGAGGCCGAGGACCUGAGUGACUCCUUUGCAUCUGGAGAAGAAGACAAUGGUGGAUCAGUUAUCAACAACAAAAACAUCAACAAUGAGAUCAAUGGCAACUGGGUGUCCUCAUCCAGCAACAGUAUCCACGAAGCGCGUCUCAAGGCGAAGGCCAAGCGGAGGCUGAGAAAGAAUUCCUCCAGGGACUCUGGCAGGGGAGACUCUCUCAGUGAUAACGGGGAUGCAGUCAGAGGAACCACGGUGGCACCCACUAGCCCCAAGAGCAAGCUGCUGGACAGAAAGUCUCGACUGGGCAAGGGAAGAGGUCUGCCAAAGAAGGGUGGGGCUGGAGGGAAAGGUGUGUGGGGCCGAUCUGGCGAAGUUUAUGAACCAGAGCAAGUAGACGAGAAAGACCCCAACUAUGACGAAGCUCAGGAAAACUGUGUGUAUGAAACUGUGGUUCCUCCGCUGGAUGAGAGGGACUUUGAGAAGACUGUCACCCCCAUAGUGCAAGAGUACUUCGAACACGCAGACACAAAUGAAGUAGCGGAGCUGCUUGCAGAACUGAACCUGGGCCCCAUGAAGAGUGAGGUUCCCUCGUUGGCUGUGUCGCUGGCCCUGGAGGCCAAAGCCAGCCAGCGGGAGCUCACCUCCAGGCUGCUGGCAGACCUGUGUGGGUCCAUUCUGUCCUGUGGCGACAUGGAAAGCUCCUUCGACAAACUACUCCAGGAGCUGCCGGACCUGGUCCUGGAUACACCUGGAGCCCCGCAGUUGGUGGGCCAGUUCAUUGCACGUGCUGUUAGUGACCAAAUACUGUCAAAGAGCUACAUCGAGGGCUACAAAGGCAGAGUUGACUGUGAAUAUGCAAGGGCAGCACUAGAUCGGGCAGCAGUGCUGCUGAAGAUGAAUCUGGGUGGCCUACGCAUUGACAACCAGUGGGGGUCAGGCGGGGGCCAGAGACCUGUGACACAGCUCAUUAAAGAGAUGAACCUGCUGCUGAAGGAGUACAUCCUGUCUGGAGACAGCAAGGAGGCUGAGAGAUGCCUGAAGGAUCUCGAGGUUCCACAUUUCCACCACGAGUUUGUCUAUGAGGCUAUAGUGAUGGUGCUCGAGUCCAAAGGAGAGAAAACGUUCAAAAUGGUUUUGCAGCUACUCAAGUCCCUAUCCAGUUCCUCUGUCAUCACUGUGGACCAAAUGAAAAGGGGGUAUGAAAGAGUUUAUAUGGACAUUGCUGAAAUCAACAUUGAUGUCCCUCGUGCGUACUUCAUCCUAGAGCAGACUGUUGAUAAAAGCUUCAGCAUGGGAAUCAUUGAUGUGAAGUUAAGAGACCUUUGUCCCUGUCGGGGCCGGAAGAGAUUCGUCAGCGAGGGAGAUGGUGGUGUUAUCAAAAUUGAAAGCUACUGAGGAGCGCUUUUUAUGUGCCAGAUGUCCUGAAAAGAAGAGGAUAAAGCUACUUUUUUACUUGCAUAUUUUUCAAAAUAGUUGGGUACAUUUUCUUUCCCUUUGAACAGUUAUAAGAAUGUACAUAACUGAAAUUGAGGUGAGGUAUAUAAAAAAAAAAAAAACAAGCAGAACUGCACUUUUGAUUGAAACUGAAGUAGAUCACUUUCUCCAAGGUGUCUCAAUAUAAACAUUUACAUAAGCUAACCCUUAAAGUGCCACACCUCUCAGUGUCAGUCAUUCCAUGUUGUUUUGUACAGUAUUUGCUUGAUUUCACUGCCACUCCUUUUGUGUUUUCUAGAAAGCAGUGUUUGUACAGAGGUGACUGGUUUGUGUCAAGAGCUUUAUAAAGGGGUAUUAAAAAAUAAAUAAAUAAAGGGGAGCAUGUUGGUAAAAAUGCAAUACUGGCUCCCUAACUAGCUGCUGUUUCUAUGCUGUGCUUGACUUUCUUUUUACCCUUUAAAUUACACAAAGAUGUCAUUAUUGAAGGUGUCAAGACAUGAGUACAGUGCAAAAACAAAUACCAGUCGGGUAACUUCGCAAAAUGGUGUUUAGAGUGUUUAUUUUUAUAUCUGGGGGGAUACUGGUGUUUCAAUGUACCACGUAUUGCUCCUUGUUUGUUCAUUAAAUCACUAUAAAAUAA